GUAAGCAUUACGCAAGCGGCCGUGCGCAUGCGCAAUGUGACUGAUAAACACCAUGGCGGCGUCCUUACAUCGUCUCACGUCUGCGGGGAAACAUCUCGUUCGAAGACAUUUGUUAAAGACGACUUCUGUUUGCCAGUUCACAGGUGGACCACGCAGACCUUUGGCCACGCAGGCCGCUCAACAAGUGGCUUUAAAUGUCCCUGAAACGAAAGUCACUACUCUGGAAAACGGGCUGAGGGUCGCCUCUGAGGAUGCAGGCUUGUCCACAUGCACAGUCGGCCUCUGGAUAGACGCUGGGAGCCGCUAUGAGAACCAGAGGAACAAUGGCACGGCCCAUUUUCUGGAGCACAUGGCAUUCAAGGGCACUAGGAAGCGCUCCCAGCUGGACCUGGAGUUGGAGAUUGAGAACAUGGGAGCCCAUCUGAACGCCUACACCUCCCGUGAGCAGACAGUCUACUACGCCAAGGCUUUCUCUAAAGACCUUCCCAGAGCUGUGGAGAUCUUGGCCGACAUCAUCCAGAACAGCAUGCUGGGAGAGGCAGAGAUCGAGAGGGAGCGUGGCGUCAUCCUCCGAGAGAUGCAGGAAGUGGAAACCAACCUGCAGGAAGUCGUGUUUGAUUACCUGCACGCCACAGCGUAUCAGUCCACUGCUCUUGGCCGCACCAUCCUGGGCCCCACUGAGAACAUCAAGACAAUCAACCGAGGAGACCUGGUGGAGUACAUCACGACUCACUACAAAGGGCCCAGAAUAGUUCUGGCUGCAGCUGGAGGCGUUUCUCACGACGAGCUCAUCGACCUGGCCAAGUAUCAUUUUGGGAAACUCCCAGGCCGAUAUGAAGGCGAAGCUCCUUCUCUUCCUUCCUGUCCCUUUACAGGAAGUGAGAUCCGUGUGCGGGACGACAAGAUGCCUCUGGCUCACAUUGCCGUCGCCGUGGAGGCAGUUGGGUGGUCUCAUCCUGACACCAUCCCUCUCAUGGUGGCCAACACUCUGAUCGGAAACUGGGACCGAUCAUUUGGAGGAGGAGUGAACCUGUCCAGUAAGCUGGCCCAGAUGUCCUGCCAAGGGAACCUGUGUCACAGCUUCCAGUCUUUCAACACCUGCUACACAGACACGGGCCUAUGGGGCCUCUACAUGGUCUGCGAGCCCGGGACUGUCGCCGAGAUGAUGCACCUGACCCAGAUGGAGUGGAUGUCACUGUGCACCAGUGUGACGGACGCAGAAGUGGCUCGAGCCAAAAACUUGCUGAAGACCAACAUGCUGCUGCACCUGGACGGAUCGACCCCCAUUUGUGAGGACAUCGGCCGGCAGAUGCUGUGCUACAGUCGCAGGAUCCCUCUGCACGAGCUCGAGGCCCGAAUUGAUGCCAUCGAUGCGUCCACCAUCAAGGAGGUUUGCACCAGAUACAUAUACAAUAAAGCACCAGCCAUCGCAGCUGUCGGUCCCAUUGAGCAACUGCCAGACUACAACCAAGUGUGCAGUGGAAUGUUCUGGAUGAGAAGCUGAGCAGCACCAUCAGUGGACAGAACACACCAAUAACACUCAGUAUUUAAGUUCAUCCUUUAAUUUUUUUUUAUUAUAAAAUAAAGACAUCACAAUAAUGUUAAAA